AUGGAUCCAAUCUGUGGAACUGUUGGUCUCGUCGCCGGUGUUGCCUCCAUUAUUUCAGUGAUUGGCAAGUCCAUCGUAACCUUGAACAACCUUCGUCAGAAAUACAAAGAAGCUGAAUGGAAUAUCAAACUCUUGACCGGUCACCUCCAAUUGAUACGCACGGCGCUAUGUCGAGUGCAAAACUGGGCAGAAUGUCUAUCCAACGAGUCUUGUCACUAUCAACUCAUAAUGGAUCUUGACCAAAGCGUUGAGCAUUGCAGGAUUCUGAUUGAGCAUAUUAAUGAUCAAAUCUCUAGACUGGAGUGGGAUGAUGGUCUCCUCAAAUUUGGCAGUAAAGCACUCUUCUUGUUUGAGGACAAAGCUACCAGCGAACUCCUCACUCUCCUCGACCGUCAAAUGAGUGCACUUACCCUCUGCCUGGUGGCUUCACAGUUCCCUACACCAAAAGCUCAACAGCAGUUCCUCGGAAGGGAGGAAACCCAGCUGGCCUUUGAUCGAAUCCGCGAUGACACCUCAUCACUAAUCGGAUUUCGAGACUCCAGCUCAUUCCUCACCGCUAGAAAUCGGAACUCGAUAGCAUCGCAAUUCUCCCGUGUGUUUGAUUUCGAUGGUGUCCUCCUUAAGCAUAAGACCUAUCAGAAUACAUUUCGUUCUAUGCUGCGAAGAACGGCCAGCCCAACGGAAAGGCAACCAUGUCCAGAGCCUAAAACAAGGAGCCUCUCAGAUACACCAGUGGUUCAACUUCAAAGUAUGGCUCGGACAACAGCCAAGAUCGAUUCCGAGCUAAAAGAAGAUGGUCGCCGUCUGAACAAAGAGAUCAAGAUUCUUGCCAUAGGAGACAAGCACGGACGAUCUGCUGUCAUCAAGCAGAUGAGAAGCCAGUACGGAGAUCCAUACACAGAAGCGGAAGUGGAGCAAUACCGACAAAAAAUCACAUCGCUCACUAUCAAAGCCCUAGUUGCAAUCAUGGACUAUGUUGAAGACUCUGGAAAUGGACUAGUCACGCCACUCAGCAGACAACAUGGUCAGGUGGUUCGGGACUUUGCAGCUUCGGCAGCACCGAAUUGGGUGGUCGAGUAUGGCAUAGCUUCCUCGAUCAAGUACAUAUGGGCAAAUUGGCACAUACAACAAGCAUAUUCCAUCAUGGAAAAGCAUGGAGAGACAGCAUAUUGUCUUGAUUUUAUAGAAAGAAUCUGCCGACCAGGAUAUGUGCCAAGCAGAUUGGACAUAAUACGUGCGCCCGAACCGAUAGAAACACUGAAAGAGACCGAGUUAAGGAUGGCGCCAUCAUCCCGACUCAAGGUGAUCGAGUUCCAGGAGCAACAAGCAAUGAAAGUCCUGCCACAAUUCGCAGGUGUCCAAUGCUGCUUGUUCACGAUCGAUCUGACCUGCUAUGAUCGGUACCUUAACAAUGCUGCCAGCACCAAUGCGCUUAGUGAUCGGAUCUCGAGACUCAAACAUAUACUGUUAUCACCCCACUUUAGCGAGACAUUGACGAUGCUUGUAUUUACCAAUCGAACGGCUUUUGCACAGCAUAUCAUCAAAUCGCCUUUGAAAAGCCAUUUUCCAGACUACGAGGGUGGUAACAAUGUGGACGCAGCGGCCAAGUACAUUUUGAAAAGAUGCAGACGUGCAAACCACAAGGACCGAGCAUUGGUAUGGCAUACAUUACUUGAAGACACGAAUGAUGUUGAAUCAACGGCGAAUUUCUUCAGACAGUCCACACUCUGCAGGCAGGUGUUUAUGACUUACUCAUGA